AUGCCAUCACAAUAUAGUAAUAGACACUACAUUCUUGGCACCGCGUUUGCAAUUGCCGCACUGUGCGUGCCGUUUUGGCUCUACCAUCCUCCGCACUUCAAUAUUGAGGCUGUUCUUAGUGGUCUGCAUCGACUAGAAGCAUCCUACCGUCCCUUCCCACAGCCCCAACCCGGUCCUCUCGUGAUAGUCGGAUUCGGCGGUUGCACAGACGUCACUGUCAACGCUCUUACUUUCUUUGAGCCCCUUGAAGCGGCUUCCCACACCGCACGACACUCGCAUCGUUCUCCCAAUGCAUCGUUUGAACUAAACAGUCUGGAGGAUGUUGUUGAUGACUUCACCCAAAUGCUUGCUGCCGGUGCAGCAGCAGAACGAUAUGUAAGGAACCAUUCAUUGUUCGAACUCCUGGUCACAAAAGCCAUCUCCACGGUGACAAAUCCAAAUCGGCUGCGGGAGACUGCGGAGCGCGGCACCUUGAGUUUGGGCGGCAACGCUCCUGUUAUGGCCACAAGGCUGGCGAGAGAGGGAGCCGAGGUUACUCUCGUGGCUCGCUUGUCGUCUCGUGAAACCCAAGCUCUGCCUUCAUCAGUUAAAGUUUUGGCAGCGCCAUCUAACUUUGGUCUGCCUGAAACACCGAAGACGGAUGUACAUCUUGUCUUGGAGUACGACAAGGGUGCGGUUUGGCGCAAUAACACUGCUCCUCGAGCUAACCGGUACAUUCUGAUUCGAGAUGAGGAGAACCCACGGCUGAGCAGCCUUUGGCCCGGUCUCAUGUCCUCCUGGCGCAAGUGGGGCAAUCACGGAGGCGGUGUGGGGAAGGAUGAGGCCAUUUUUCCUGACCUCCUUGUGGUGGGUGGUCUGCAGACCAUGGACAAUGCUGUCAUCUCACCUGACAUCCGUGGAGAGAGAAUGGAGGCGUUGAGACACCUCCUGGCCGUGGAGACGCCCCGCGCCACAUUGGUCCAUUUUGAAAUGGCCUCCUUCGUGGAGACCAAUUUCGUGGCCAAUCUCACUCGCACUCUCCUUCCCUACGUGGACUCGAUUGGCCUGAAUGAGCAAGAGCUGCCAAAUCUGCGCAGCCUCCUCUCAGAAGGUCGGGUAGCCUCUCAGGCAAGUGUGUCGACACCUCGCGCCGCAGUGAUGUUGGAUGAGAUGCGAGAGAUCUGGAGCCUUCUUGCUCACCCCACUCAACUGCCUCGGGUGGGAGUGGGUUUGCGUAGACUCUCGCGGCUUCAUCUCCACACUCUAGGCUACCAGAUUAUCAUGGUGCAACGUCCUGCUGCCGCUAUGAACAUUGACGCCGCCACCGCGGACAGGAACUUUGCGUCCGACCAAAGAGCCACGGAACUAGGAUUCGCGUGGCCCUUUGCUAGGGCUGCUGCGGCAAAGGCCAGUCUGAUCGCACACCGUCACACUUGUGCCACAGCCUCCAUCGAUCCUGAGUUGACCCGCCUCUUGAUGGACGACAGUUUCGCAGUGACCGCAAAUCCAGCCCGAUGGCCGUCGGCAUUGCAUGACGGCGCUGUACCACGCAUCCGAUUCGACCCCUCCGCCCCCGUCUCUUGCUGGUUUGAGGCAGAGCCCGUGGCGUCAGUGGAAGGCGGAGGUCGCCGAGCUCCCGGAGGCGACUCAGCGACGCGAGUAGAAAUCUGUGUUGCCCCGGUGCCCGUUUGUCGACGAGUAACGCGCACUGUCGGUGGUGGUGACAACAUCUCUGCGGCGGCAUUGAGGACGCAGUUGGUAGAGCGAAAGCGCUCCUUUGGGUGA